AUGAGACCGCCAAUGAAAUCUCCGGUAACUGUGUUGUUAUGUGCGGUGGCCGGAUGUGAUCUGAUUGUUAUGUUCACCUAUUUUAUAUUUGUUCUACAUUUUUCCUUCAUUGCUGCUAAUCGUUGUGAACCGAGCGAUUACAGUUUUGGUUGGGCUGUAUUUAUAAUGUUUCAUGCACAUACAUCUGUCAUCUUGCAUGCUACAAGUAUAUGGCUUACGGUCAUUUUAGCUCAAAUUCGAAUACUGACGAUGAGACAAAAGAAGAGAGGUCGGCGAAUGAUUGUUUCUAUUAGAUUUACAAUUAUACUCAGUAUUUUAAUAUGCUUUGUUAUGACUGUUAUCAAUAUACCCAGCAUGAUUACUUUCAAGAUAUUUGAAACUGACGCUAGUACAUACAUGUUUUGUAAGCUGAUUAUUAAUGAAACAGAAAAAACGUUAUCUUUCACUGAAGCGCCACUAUAUGACACCAGGCAGAGGUUACAACAAGUGGACAAGGAAAGUGUAUUUGCAGUUGUCCCAAUGCAAGAAGACUGUUUGAAGCUAAAGCUUGCAUUCUGGACAAACGGCCUUUGUUUCAAGAUGUUUCCUUGUAUAAUGCUGACAGUGUCUAUUAUCAUUCUGAUUAAAAUUGUUGCUGAUGUUUCUAGAAAACGAAGAGCAUUUGCAAAGGUGCUCAAACGAGGAAAAUUACCGCACGAUUGUAUAUCGCCUAUUUUACUUGUUGUACUUACUAUAUUUUUAAUAACCGAACUUCCACAAGGCUUUCUAUCAAUGCUAACUGGAUAUUUUGGAAGUCGAAAAUUUCACUCCCAGGUAUAUCUACCUCUUGGAGAUUUCAUGGAUCUGCUAUCACUAAUUAACUCUGCUGUUAAUUUUGUCAUUUACUGUACAAUGAGCAGAAAUUUUCGACAUGUGCUUAUCCAGAUGCUGAAGGAACGAAGUCUGCUAAUAUACGGUUACAAGUUAGUUUUUUAA